ACUGUUGCAGUGUUCCAGAGUCAUGUGAUCUUCUUUUGUGACCUACUGACAAGCAAAGUCAAUUGGGAAAUCAGAUUCACUUAACGACUGUGCUAUAAUCGUAUUACUAAUUUAAUAAUAGCAAGGAUUCACUUAACAAAUGAGGCAAGAAAAGUAGUACAAUGGGGCAAAACUCACUUAACAAAUUCCUCACUUAAGAACAUAAAUUUUGGACUCAAUUGUGGUGGUAAAUUCAGGAUUACCUGUAACUGAGGACUGGAAAAGAGCUGAUGUGGUUCCCAUCUUCAAAACAGGUAAAAUAAACUCGUCCAGGAAAUUACAGACAGAUCAGCCUGACAUUAAUACCUGGUAACAUCUUGGAAAACAUAUCCAGGCAACAAAUCUGUGAACACCCAGAAGCAAACAAGUUAUAACCAGUAGCCAACAUGGGUUGAUCAAAAACAGAUCAUGCCAAACAAACUUUAUUUCAUUCUUUGACAAUUAGUGAACCAGAGAAAUGCUAUAGAAAGUGAGUUUCUAACUGCUUGACAAAUCGUACUCAACGUGUAAUCCUCAAUGGAGCUAUCCCCACAUGGAAGGAAGUAAGCAGGCCUACGAAGCAGGAAAAGGAGGGAACCACUUCCAAAACCUUUGCCUAGGAAACUGCAAGGCCAGGCAUCAAGACUGACCCAAAGGCACCAAAUACGAAGCUAAGUAGCGUCACGUUUCACUUUUUCACUUGGCUCAGUUGCAAAGGUCGGCUGCUAGGAGUCGGAAAACAUCUCCCAAAAGCCUUGGUAGAGAAUGGACAGGCGUGUUUUACCACCUCCUGUCGCUAGAUGGCAGUCAGGCAACGUCUGUGCCUAGAAAGCCAUCAAUUCAAUGGUGCCAUCCCUGAUUGCGCUUAAAAAAGGAGUUUUAAACCAUUGAGUACUGCAUUGCUAGAAAGGAUGGAAGGAGAGGAGAGGCGCAGAGGAACUUCCUCUUCCGGAUGACUGAUGGGAGGAAGUUGGUGUGCAGAGCGGCUUUUCUGCUGUUUCCAUGGUCGGAGCAGCAGCUGGCAGGUUUGUAAGGUUCUUCGUUAAUGCCUUUUGUUAUGUCCUUAUAAGGACAUCCGCCAGGAGAUUGGUCACUUCCACCGGUGGGAAGUUUGAACAGCUGUCAUUGGCUGGCUGGCUGGCCCGAGCAGAAUAUAAGGAGGCUCGGGAGCCACUGCCAGCAGUCUGUUUUUCACCAUUCUAAUAAAGAGCUGAACGGACCAGUGCUGAGUCGCUUUUCUUUCCAGCGCCGAUCUAACACUGGCGACGAAGGACUAGAGAAGAACCGACGAAGAGCUGCAAGUCAACUGCCACCUUAAGCAAAGAGCUGAAGCACGAGACAAAGAAGAUGGCAAUGAGCACUCUGGACAACUGAGGAUAACAAGCAACAUUGAACACCAAAGCAAGUCAGUCCAGAAAUCAAAAUAUUUUCCAUUUCCUUCAGAGUCACACAAUUCUUUUCUACCUAGGGAAACGAGAGAAAAUCAGGAAGAGAUUUCUAGCUGGGAAAAGCAGGGUGUGAAAUUCAAGCAUACAUUACAUGAAAAGUCAAGGGAGAUUAUUUUUCCAUUGGACAAAAGAGGGAAAUAUCUGGAAGUUACUGGGGAGGAAAAGAUCAAUUGGAAAACCACGUAGAGCAGACAGAGUUGCAGGCCCACUCUGGGAGGAAGAAAACGGCUUGAAUAAAAGCACUGCUAAACAAGGGAUCAUCCAUAUUUUUGACCUCCAAAGGAAUAUGAGUUGUGGAAAAGCUACAUAGAUGUGCAUGUUGUGGGAAAGAUACAACUUGUAAAUCACAGCUGAUUAUGCCUGAGAGGAUCCCGACUGGAGAAGAGCCAUACAAUACUCUAAAUGUGGCAAAACCUCUGAUCAGAACACCUCCAUUGUGGUUCUUGGAAGGACCCACACAGGAGAGAAGCCCUAGAAGUGCUCCCAAUGCAGUAAAUUCUUUAGGAAGCAUGGCAACGUGGACUGACACCAAGGAGAAACUGUUUGAAUGUCCUGAUUGUGGGAAAUGUUUCUGCGAUAAUUCCAACCUGGUGAUACACCAGAGGAUUCACACAGGGAAGAAGCCCUUUAAAUGUCCUAAUUCUGAGGAUAGUUUAAGUCAAAAUUCUUACCUCAUUUCACACCAGAGCACUCAUACAGGAGAGAAACCAUUGGAAUUUCCUGGAUCUGAGAAAAGUUUCAGUCAGAAUUCCAGCCUGGUGACACACGAGAGGAUUCACACAGGAGAAAAACCCUUUGAAUGUCCUGACUGCGGGAAAAGUUUCCGUCAAAAUUUCAACCUGGUUCAACACCAGAGGAUUCACACAGGAGAAAAACCCUUUGAAUGUCCCGAUUGUGGUAAAAGUUUCAGUACCAAUUUCAGCCUUGUAACACACCAGAGGAUUCACACAGGAGAAAAACCCUUUAAAUCUUCUGACUGUGGGAAAAGUUUCCGUCAGCAUUCCAACCUCAUCGGCCACCAGAGGACUCACAGAGGAGAUAAACCCUUUGAGUGUCCUGAUUGUGGUAAACGUUUCAGUCACAAUUCCAGCCUGGUGAAACACCAGAGGACUCACACAGGAGAAAAACCCUUUGAAUGUCCUGACUGUGGGAAAAGUUUCAGUCACAAUUCCAGCCUGGUGAAACACCAGAGUAUUCACACAGGAGAAAAACCCUUUGAAUGUCCUGACUGUGGGAAAAGUUUCAGUACCAAUUUCAGCCUCAUGACACACCAGAGGAUUCACACAGGAGAAAAACCCUUUAAAUGUCCUUACUGUGGGAAAAGUUUCCGUCAGCAUUCCAACCUCAUCGGCCACAAGAGGACUCACACAGGAGAGAAACUGUUUGAGUGUCCUGAUUGUGGUAAAAGUUUCAGUCACAAUUUCAGCCUUGUAACACACCAGAGGAUUCACGCAGGAGAAAAACCCUUUAAAUGUCCUGACUGUGGGAAAAGUUUCAGUCAGAAUUCCAGCCUGGUGAAACACCAGAGGAUUCACACAGGAGAAAAACCCUUUGAAUGUCCUGACUGUGGAAAAAGUUUCAGUACCAAUUUCAGCCUUGUAACACACCAGAGUAUUCACACAGGAGAAAAACCCUUUGAAUGUCCUCACUGUGGGAAAAGUUUCAGUCAGAAUUUCAACCUGGUUCAACACCAGAGGAUUCACACAGGAGAGAAACCCUUUGAAUGUUCCGAUUGUGGUAAAAGUUUCAGUACCAAUUUCAGCCUUGUAACACACCAGAGGAUUCACACAGGAGAAAAACCCUUUAAAUGUCCUGACUGUGGGAAAUGUUUCCGUCAGCAUUCCAACCUCAUCGGUCACCAGAGGACUCACACAGGAGAGAAACCCUUUGAGUGUCCUGAUUGUGGUAAAAAUUUCAGUCACAAUUCCAGCCUGGUGAAACACCAGAGGACUCACACAGGAGAAAAACCCUUUGAAUGUCCUGACUGUGGGAAAAGUUUCAGUCACAAUUCCAGCCUGGUGAAACACCAGAGUAUUCACACAGGAGAAAAACCCUUUGAAUGUCCUGAUUGUGGGAAAAGUUUCAGUCAGAAUUCCAACCUGGUUCGACACCAGAGGAUUCACACAGGAGAGAAACCGUUUGAAUGUUCUGAUUGUGGUAAAAGUUUCAGUACGAAUUCCACCCUGGUGAAACACCAGAGGACUCACACAGGAGAAAAACCCUUUGAAUGUCCUGACUGUGGGAAAAGUUUCAGUCAGAAUUUCAACCUGCUGAAACACCAGAGUAUUCACACAGGAGAAAAACCCUUUGAAUGUCCUGACUGUGGGAAAAGUUUCAGUCAGAAUUCCCACCUGGUUCGACACCAGAGGAUUCACACAGGAGAGAAACCGUUUGAAUGUUUCGAUUGUGGUAAAAGUUUCAGUACCAAUUUCAGCCUUGUAACACACCAGAGGAUUCACACAGGAGAAAAACCCUUUGAAUGUCCUGACUGUGGGAAAAGUUUCCGUCAGCAUUCCAACCUCAUCGGCCACCAGAAGACUCACGCAGGAGAAAAACCCUUUAAAUGUCCUGACUGUGGGAAAAGUUUUAGUCAGAAUUUCAACCUGGUUCAACACCAGAGGAUUCACACAGGAGAAAAACCCUUUAAAUGUUCCGAUUGUGGGAAAAGUUUCCGUCAGCAUUCCAACCUCAUCGGCCACCAGAAGACUCACACAGGAGAGAAACCCUUUGAAUGUUCCGAUUGUGGUAAAAGUUUCAGUACCAAUUUCUGCCUUGUAACACACCAGAGGAUUCACACAGGAGAAAAACCCUUUGAAUGUUCCGAUUGUGGAAAAAGUUUCAGUACCAAUUUCAGCCUUGUAACACACCAGAGGAUUCACAUAGGAGAAAAACCCUUUGAAUGUCCUGACUGUGGGAAAAGUUUCCGUCAGCAUUCCAACCUCAUCGGCCACCAGAAGACUCACACAGGAGAUAAACCCUUUGAGUGUCCUGAUUGUGGUAAAAGUUUCAGUCACAAUUCCAGCCUGGUGAAACACCAGAGGACUCACACAGGAGAAAAACCCUUUGAAUGUCCUGACUGUGGGAAAAGUUUCAGUCAGAAUUCCAGCCUAUUGAAACACCAGAGGAUUCACACAGGAGAAAAACCCUUUGAAUGUCCUUACUGUGGGAAAAGUUUCAGUCGCAAUUCCAGCCUGGUGAAACACCAGAGUAUUCACACAGGAGAAAAACCCUUUGAAUGUCCUGACUGUGGGAAAAGUUUCAGUCAGAAUUCCAGUCUGGUUCGACACCAGAGGAUUCACACAGGAGAGAAACCGUUUGAAUGUUCUGAUUGUGGUAAAAGUUUCAGUCACAAUUCCAGCCUGGUGAAACACCAGAGGACUCCUACAGGAGAAAAACCCUUUGAAUGUCGUGACUGUCGGAAAAGUUUCAGUCACAAUUCCAGUCUGGUGAAACACCAGAGGACUCACACAGGAGAAAAACCCUUUGAAUGUCCUGACUGUGGGAAAAGUUUCAGUCAGAAUUCCAACCUGGUUCGACACCAGAGGAUUCACACAGGAGAGAAACCGUUUGAAUGUUCUGAUUGUGGUAAAAGUUUCAGUACAAAUUCCACCCUGGUGAACCACCAGAGGACUCACACAGGAGAAAAACCCUUUGAAUGUCCUGACUGUGGGAAAAGUUUCAGUCAGAAUUCCAGCCUGGUGAAACACCAGAGGACUCACACAGGAGAAAAACCCUUUGAAUGUCCUGACUGUGGGAAAAGUUUCAAUAACAAUUGCAACCUGGUGAAACACCAGAGUAUUCACACAGGAGAAAAACCCUUUGAAUGUCCUGACUGUGGGAAAAGUUUCAGUCAGAAUUCCAACCUGGUUCAACACCAGAGGAUUCACACAGGAGAAAAACCCUUUGAAUGUUCCAAUUGUGGUAAAAGUUUCAGUACCAAUUCCAGCCUUGUAAUACACCAGAGGAUUCACACAGGAGAAAAACCCUUUAAAUGUCCUGACUGUGGGAAAAGUUUCCGUCAGCAUUCCAACCUCAUCGGCCACCAAAGGACUCACACAGGAGAUAAACCCUUUGAGUGUCCUGAUUGUGGUAAAAGUUUCAGUCACAAUUCCAGCCUGGUGAAACACCAGAGGACUCACACAGGAGAAAAACCCUUUGAAUGUCCUGUCUGUGGGAAAAAUUUCCGUCAGCAUUCCAAUCUCAUCGGCCACCAGAGAACUCACACAGGAGAGAAACCCUUUGAGUGUCCUGAUUGUGGUAAAAGUUUCAGUCACAAUUCCAGCCUGGUGAAACACCAGAGGAUUCACACAGGAGAGAAACCGUUUGAAUGUCAUUUCUAGUGUCCCAUUGUAAGUCCAGCUGAGAUAUUGACUAUUUAAAUUGAUUAAAUUAAAUAGAAUUUGCCUGAUUUUUUGUAGGCAAAUAUGCAGUGGUAUUAGAUGCAGCAGAGGAAAGAAAAAGUUGGAACAUAUUACUUUGAUAAUGGCUAUCUUGCUUUCAGCAUAAGAAGUUGCUGGAUAUUUAUUUUUGUAAAAAUUUGGCUAUUAUGUAAAAAACUUUUUGGGA